AUGAACCGCAAACCCUACCAAUGCCAGCGAUGUCCUAGGGCAUUUGCUAGGUUAGAGCAUUUACAGAGACACAAUCGUUCGCAUACUAAGGAGAAGCCAUAUGCCUGCGCCCAAUGUCCAAAAGCCUUUACACGCAAAGACUUGCUGGCACGACAUGACAGGCUCUCCCAUCAAGGGACUAGCUCCGUCAAUCAAAAGCCCCAUUCAUCUUCUCCAAUUUCUUCCGCCAAUUUAGCAUCAAAUGGGUUGAAUACACUGGCUUCAGCAGCAAAUCAUGCAUCAAAUCAUAGUUUAUCAUCGAGGCCUCGUGGUCAAUUUACCAACGCUCUGUCUGCACAUCAGUCCUCGAUCUUGAGCCUUUCCAAUUCAGCGACUCCAUCUGUCGGGGCACCAACCACUCCUCUUCCCGUAUCUGAUUUCGGAUACCCUCUGAGUGGAAUUACGUCGAGUUCCUACGACGAAAACGACUUCACUUCGUUCCUUGAUAGUGUCUCAUUACCUAGCCAUCCUUUCUCGCCUGCCUUUCAACCACUCCCAUUGUUUCCGUCUUUAUCCUUCAUUCCUGUCACAGACUACCAGCAAACGCCUAAUAUAGGACCGCUAACAGAAACAGCAGCGGAUUCAAUGUCAACUCCAUCUAGUUCAGUAUUGCCGCGACAUGAUGCACAAUUACCAUCCCUUCAGCCAGAAGGGUUUCAGACUCCAGCCAAAGCUCGCCAGCCCACAGGAUUUAUUCCCGUCACUGCUCAAUGCAGAGAUAAGAUUUUUCUUCUCUUAGCCAAUUAUGCCAAUGUGGUCCCAAACCCCUCUCUCCCUUCUCGACAUGCACUAUCCAGAUGCUUGACGGGAUAUAUGAUGGGAUUUCACGAUCACUACCCACUGAUACAUAAGCCAACACUAGAUGUCGAUUCAAUGACUCUCCCACUUUUCCUUUCCAUGGCUGCCUUGGGCGCACGGUACUCUCGUGAGCCAGACACCAGUAUGCAAUUAUUUCAAAUUGCCAAACCAGUCACCCUGGAACAUGUGCGGCGCGUCUUUCAGUCAGGCACAGCGCCUGAAGUAGACGCAACCAACGAUAUUGACACACUCGAAAGCAUACAAUCUCUUCUAUUUCUAAUCUCAGUCUCAUCUUGGUUCAUCAAUAAUCCACCUUACCACGAAGCUUUAUCUUUCCAAAGUCUGACUGCAGCACUUUUGCGAAAAGGAGGCUUUAAUCGCUUACCUGAGUGUGACGGGUCGUGGACCAGCUGGAUACAUCGUGAACACGUCAAGCGGACAAAGUUGAUCUUAUUCUGCUUCUUUAACAUCCAUACUAUCGUCUUCGAUCUACCCCCAGUCAUCCUAACAGAAGAAAUUUCUUUGGAGCUGCCAUGCACCGAAAGGGAAUGGCAGGCAACCGGACCCGAAAUGUGGCAAGCGGCUCGUAGUCAGAGUUCCGGGGAACCAAAGAUACAAGAUGCCCUAUCUGCACUAUUUACUCCCAACAGCGGUCUAGAGCGGUUUUCCACGCUGGGAGGAUAUGUGCUCAUCCACGCCCUGCUUCAAGAUAUAUGGCUGACCACCAAGGCUAGUCGACUCGCUCUCUUCCGGUACAACCGCCUAGGAUCAUCCAUCGCCUCGACACCAGAACUCAUGGCAGUCGAGCAAGCUCUAGAGCGAUGGUGUCAAUGCUGGGAACGCAAUCAAGAGUCGUCAAUCGACCCACUAAGCCCACACGGCCCGCUAUCCUUCACCUCAGCUGCGCUCCUCAGACUAGCAUACAUCCGACUAAACGCCGACUGCGGCUCCGCACGCCAGCUCCAAACGUGGGACCCAGUCCAGAUAGCAACAAGUCUAAAAGAUAAUCUGUCCGUCCAGCGCGGCGACCGCCUAACACGUGCAGCACUCCACUGCGCACACGCUCUCAGCACGCCCGUAAAACUGGGCAUUGGCUUCGUCGCCCACUCCCAAGCUGCACUCUGGUCAAACCAGCAUGCGCUUUGCUCGCUUGAAUGCGCCGUUCUGUUGGCUAAGUGGCUGGAAGCGGUGACUGUUGCAAAUCCAGACCCUGUGCUGACGGAGCAGGAAACUCGUUUGCGGGAUUUUGUUUUGGAGAUGGUUAUGGAGGCUUCGCCUUCGCUCUCUUUGAAGUUUUCUGAACCGGAUGGGUGUCGUGAGUGGUUGCUUGAGAAGAAUACUCGCCUUAGUGCCGCUGUGACGAGGCUUUGGGCGAGGCUUUUUACGGCGGAUUAUAUUUGGGAAAUGGUCAGUCUUAUCGGGAGGUCCUUGGAUAGUUAUGCCGAUCUGCUGGAACAAGGAGCAUGA